AGAUAAAAUGGCUAACGCACCGGGUAACAGUGUGUCGUUUAGAUCAGGAAACAGUGUGUCGUUUUACAGUUGCGUGUUAGUGCGUUAAACCAAAUCGCAGAGAAAAGAAUCGACGAUUUUGAUUUUGCGUUGCGAGUGAAGAAGUGAAGAUGGCGUGCUUGCAUGACCACAGUUGUGAAGACCAUGACUGUUCCUCUGACUGGUCUCUCUACAAGCACAUCGACCUCUCCAAGGUAUCUGCUUUGAAUGAGGCAAAUCCAGGCAGUGUUAAGUCAGUUUUCAAAGCUUGGGAAGAGCGUCUCAAUUCUUCCGGGGAACACUUGGAAAGCAAUGAGGGUGAUCCCGAGUUACUUGUCUUCAUUCCAUUUACUUCAGAUGUCAAGAUUAAGAGCAUAUCCAUAGUUGGUGGAGCUGAUGGAACAAGUCCUUCAAAGAUGAGAGUGUUCAUCAAUCGAGAAGGCAUUGACUUUUCAGAUGCACAAAGCAUGCAAGCCCUUCAGGAAUGGGAUUUGGUUGAGAAUAUGCAAGGAGUAUUGGAAUACCAGACAAGAUAUUCUAAAUUUCAAAGUGUGGCAAAUAUUACGUUGCACUUUCCUGAGAAUUUUGGAGGUGACACAACUAAAAUACACUAUAUUGGCUUUAAAGGCCAAGCCACUCAGUUAAAAAGGGAUGUUGUUGCCACUAUUGUCUAUGAGCUUAUGCCAAAUCCUUCUGACCACAAGACACGUGCUGAAAGUGGCGGGGGUCUUUCUCAUAUCGAAUGAAGUACAAGUACUGAUGUUAUUUUGUUACUUGUUAACCCUCACAACCCAACCUUCUUCCCCUUGCUUUACCCACUUAAGGCGAAAAGGUGGUGCUGAACCUGGAUAUUUGGAUAAUACAAUCCCGUGCAAUGAAAUAUUUAGUCCUGGAGUCUAUGUAAAUUACGUAUGUAAUUCCGUGGCUACAUACUGUUUAUCUGGAUGAUGAAUAUGACAAUCUUAAUUACUUUAUAGAAUUAGAACACAUAAAAGACUAAUCAGUAUCAACUGUUUUUCUCUGUCAUUGGAAGAAUAUAUCCUUUUGGCAAAAAGCAAUCAGUAUCCUUUUCGGCUA